CUUCCGGGUUGCACGGUUUCAGCAGUUCAUUUGUCAAGCUAAUAUGAGCUAGCCGCCUUUUUGUUACCGACAUUAGUUUAUCCAAGAAGAAACAGAAGCUCUUUCGUCGGAAAACUUUUUAAACAAUUGCUUAGGUUCUUUUAACUCUUGGUGGCUACGAUGCACGGACAACGAUGAUGACAUCUCAAACGAGGGAUGUGGAUGGGAAACUUCCAACCAAAAGCUAACUGCAAUUACAAGUCAUCCCUCCGCGCUCUCUGGAGUGCCGCAACCAUUUCUGUUUCACUAGCUAGUUCAUCAUGUCAUUACCAAAGGAGUCUGGGAACCGAGGGAAAGAUCGAGAGAGGGGGGCUCGUCCCAAGGUGAGACAGAGCCGGUCAGAGGAGAGAAGAGAUGCAGGCAGCGGACGGAAAGGUGGAAAGGUGAAGAAAAAAGGCCUCGCCUCUCAUGAACCAGCAGCUGAGAGGCCUGUCAGUGAUGGCUUUGAGUAUGGUGAGCUGUUGAGUGACCUCGAGACCAGGGACCAGUCUUCCUCCUCUCCACUGAGGGAGAGUUGGAGAUGGCAGGGUUUGGAAGCCGCUGCCUCAUUACUAGGACAAGAACGGGCGACAGCCAGGCCUGGGCUGGGAACAGUUAGCUCUGCUACAGAGUUGUCUGCGCCCAGCGAAGGUGAGGGCCGAGGGUCAAGCAGCAGUCGCACUCUCCGGCAAAAAAUCCAAGAUGCAAUGGGGCAGUGUUUCCCAAUAAAGACACACACUGCGGCAGCACCAGCACCAACUCCACAGGCCCUUUCAUCAUCAGUCGCCUGUGCCUCCUCAAGGCGAAAGAUCCAUCUCAGCGAGUUGAUGUUGGAUGACUGCCCUUUCCCUGUAGGAUCAGAGCUGGCUCAGAAGUGGUAUCUCAUUAAGCAACACACGGCGCCCAUUACCCAGCCACCCAUGCUUGAUUCUGCAGUGGUAUGCAGUGCCCCUACUUCAGCCAUGGCCCCUGUAGUGGAGGAUGUAGAUGACAGGUUGCGAGAGCGCAGGCGCAUCAGCAUUGAACAGGGUGUUGAGCCACCACCCAAUGCAGAGAUCCACACGUUUGAGGUGACGGCACAAAUUAACCCUCUCUACAAGCAUGGCCCUAAGCUGGCUCAUGGUAUGAAUGAGUUAGCCGGGUCUGACAGAGCCUCUGUUCAUCAGCAACAGCAGCUUCUUCUCCAAAGACAGCAGCAGCAGCACCAGCUCCUACUACAGAGCUGUUUGGACACUUUGGAUGAGGUGGUGGCCUCUGCCUCGGCCUCGGCCUCUGCUUCUGCCUCUGUCCACACCUCUGAUACUCUUUCCGAUCCUCUGGUUGACCCAGAGGUCACAGCGACCAGCAUGCCCUCCAGGGCCAUACUUCCUCAGACUGAGCAUCACAAAUCUCACGAUGGCUACCGCAUUCACACUCAGAUUGAUUACAUUCACUGUUUAGUUCCAGACCUGCUGCAGAUCACCAACCUCCCGUGUUACUGGGGAGUCAUGGACCGCUAUGAGGCAGAGACACUGCUGGAGGGAAAGCCCGAAGGCACCUUUCUCCUACGUGACUCUGCCCAGGAAGACUACCUCUUCUCUGUUAGCUUCCGCCGCUACGGCCGCUCACUACAUGCGCGCAUUGAACAGUGGAACCACAAUUUUAGCUUUGACGUGCACGACCCCAGUGUCUUCCAUGCUCCCACUGUUACGGGAUUGCUGGAGCACUAGAAGGACCCCAACUCCUGCAUGUUCUUCGAGCCUCUGCUAUCCAACCCUAUCCACCGCACACAGCCCUUCACCCUGCAACACAUCUGCAGAGCAGCCAUAAGCAGCUGCACUACCUAUGAUGGCAUUAACAUGCUUCCCAUUCCAAAUGCUUUGAAAAAGCACCUGAAAGAAUACCACUAUAAGCAGAGAGUACGUGUACGAAGAAUGGACACUUGGUGGGAAUGAAGAACAAAACUUUAUUGACUAAAAGAAACUACUAAAAGCAUAUUUAUCACUUAUCUCUUACUAGAACUGAACUGAACAAUAAGUCUUGUUGUUCACUCUAUCUGGCUGUAUUAACCUACACUGCACUAUACUUAUUUAUUUUAUUCCUGCUGUACAUGUCUUAACAAUUGUGCUAAACUACACUGAUGAGACAAUAUGUAAUCUCACCGAUCUUGUACACUCAAAGUUCUUUAUGCUCAAAUUAAACAAACUUAUUUCGA